AACUAGUUGCGUGGACUUCCUAGAUUCUUUGAGAAAAAGUAAAAAAAGACUUGCCAGUCCAACUAACCCAACCCACACAACAAUCCAGGCCGCCAGGCGCAAGUGUAGUGUGCCUUUUCAGUAUUCUCGAAAGUUAAAAAGGCAUAAGCAAGAAAGAAGCUCUAAAUAAGACGGAUCUAAUCCUUGGCGCUCCUCGUCUUUAUAUAUAUUCAUUCGUCUUUUCCUCAACUUUGUUUGUAACGGUCUCAACAAAUCCUCUAUACUCUCUAAAACUGAAUUUCAACUGCGCUAACCCUAGGAUUUUUGUAGAGAAGGACAAUUAUGGCUGAAACUAUACCUAAUGGCCGGCCUGAGUGUGCCAAUAUUGAUGGACCGACCAAUCCUAUGGUUACGCCUAUUUUAACAGAUCUCUAUCAGUUUACUAUGGCUUAUGCUUACUGGAAAGCUGGAAAACACAAUGAACGAGCUGUGUUUGACUUGUAUUUUCGGAGGAAUCCGUUUGGUGGUGAAUAUACAAUAUUUGCUGGUUUAGAAGAGUGCAUAAAGUUUAUUGCUAAUUUCAAAUUUACUGAGGAUGAGAUAGAUUUUAUCAGGUCAUCGUUGCCCUCGUCAUGUGAGGAUGGCUUCUUUGAGUACCUUCAAAGACUUGACUGUUCAGAUAUUGAGAUAUAUUCCAUUUCUGAAGGAUCAGUAGUUUUUCCCAAGGUACCACUGAUGAGGAUUGAAGGACCAGUUGCUGUGGUUCAAUUACUGGAAACGCCAUUUGUAAACCUCAUAAACUAUGCAUCACUAGUUACUACUAAUGCUGCAAGACACCGUUUCGUUGCUGGAAGGUCCAAAAUAUUGCUUGAAUUUGGGCUUAGGAGAGCACAGGGUCCUGAUGGUGGUAUAUCAGCAUCGAAGUAUUGCUACAUGGGUGGAUUUGACGCGACAAGCAAUGUGGCAGCUGGAAAGCUGUUUGGAAUCCCACUCCGUGGAACACAUUCCCAUGCCUUUGUUAGCUCAUUUAUGAGCCCAGAUGAGAUCAUAGAGAAAUCACUUCAACAUCAUGAUGGUUCUAGUGUUUGUGAGGAUUUUGUUAGUCUGGUACAGACAUGGCUUGAUAAAUUAAAGUGGUCACACUUAUUAGGUGGAAUUUUCAGUGAGACAAACCAAAGUGAGUUAGCAGCUUUCGCCUCAUAUGCACUUGCAUUUCCUGGAAGUUUUUUGGCCCUUGUAGACACUUAUGAUGUCAUGAGAAGCGGUCUUCCAAACUUUUGUGCAGUUGCUCUUGCACUUAAUGAUUUGGGGUAUAAAGCAGUGGGCAUUAGACUAGACUCUGGUGAUCUUGCUUAUCAGUCAUGUGAAGCUAGGAAAUUCUUUUGUGCUGUUGAGAAAGAAUUUGGAUUGCCUGGUUUUGGAAAGACGAGUAUCACAGCUAGCAAUGAUCUUAAUGAAGAAACUCUGGAUGCACUAAAUAAACAAGGUCAUGAGGUUGAUGCAUUUGGAAUUGGAACUCAUUUAGUUACCUGUUAUGCUCAAGCUGCUCUGGGUGUUGUUUUCAAGUUAGUUGAAAUAAACAAUCAGCCUAGAAUCAAACUCUCUGAAGACGUAUCAAAGGUCUCUAUUCCAUGCAAAAAGCGGUGUUACAGAUUGUAUGGGAAGGAAGGAUACCCCCUUGUAGACAUAAUGACUGGUGAAAAUGAGCCCCAUCCUAAGGUAGGUGAACGAAUUUUAUGCCGCCACCCAUUUAGUGAAUCUAAAAGGGCAUACGUUGUGCCCCAGCGUGUUGAGGAGCUUUUAAAGUGCUUUUGGCCUGGAAAUUCAGAUAAAACAAGAGAAGUCCUUCCUCCGCUGAAGGAGAUCAGGGAAAGAUGUAUUGAACAACUGGACCAAAUGCGACCAGAUCACAUGAGAAGGUUGAACCCAACACCAUAUAAGGUCAGUGUGAGUGCAAAGUUGUAUGAUUUCAUCCAUUUCCUCUGGCUCAAUGAAGCACCUGUUGGGGAGUUGCAGUGAACCAUGAAUGAGAAGCUUGAGGGAUUAAACAGGAUAAUCUUUCAAAAAGAGUUUUCUAGGUUUUUCAUGUUGUAUCUUUUUCCUCAUGUGGACUAAAAUUUUACAUAAAGUUAUCAACCAAAGUAAAGUCCUUUACUUUUUUUUUCUCUGAUGAUGUUCCGAGUCAAUUGUAUAGGCUUCCUUAGAUGUUUGUAAAGGUCAAUAAAAGUGCCUAUAUAUUUUCCUU